UCUAAAAGCUUGGAGAAAAGAUUAUCAAAAAGACUUUUACAAGCCUCCAAAAUGAUGCUGAGUCCUGACCAAGCCGCCGACUCGGACCACCCCAGCUCGGCACACUCGGAUCCAGAGUCGCUGGGCGGCGCGGACGCCAAGGUGCUGGGCAACGUGUCGGACCUGGAGCAGGUGGAGGAGGCCGAGGGCGACGGCAAGGGUGGCAGCCGGGCCGCGCUCUACCCGCACCCGCAGCAGCUGAGCCGAGAGGAGAAGCGCCGUCGCCGGCGCGCCACGGCCAAGUACCGGUCUGCACACGCCACCCGCGAGCGCAUCCGUGUGGAGGCCUUCAACUUGGCCUUCGCUGAGCUCCGCAAACUGCUGCCCACGCUGCCCCCGGACAAGAAGCUCUCCAAGAUCGAGAUCCUGCGCCUGGCCAUCUGCUACAUCUCUUAUCUCAACCACGUCUUGGACGUGUAGGGGCGGGCGCGCAGCGGGAGGCCGUGGGUCGGGACGCCGGGGGAC